GCAGCGCACCCAGGCUUGGGCGCUGAGCGUGCGGGCUGGGAGUCGGCGGGAGGCCCAGUGCUGCUGGGGGCGAGUCUGUAGCGUGAGGUGCCCUUGAGCUGAAGACCAUGAACCGCAGCCGCCAGGUGACGUGCGUGGCCUGGGUCCGCUGCGGCGUGGCCAAAGAGACUCCGGACAAGGUAGAGCUUAGUAAAGAAGAAGUAAAACGUCUCAUUGCUGAAGCAAAGGAAAAAUUACAAGAAGAAGGUGGCAGUGAUGAAGAGGAGACAGGCGAUCCUUCGGAAGAUGGCAUGCAGAGUGCACGUACCCAGGCACGACCAAGGGAACCCCUGGAAGAUGGUGACCCAGAGGACGACAGGACGUUGGAUGAUGAUGAACUGGCCGAGUAUGACCUAGAUAAAUAUGAUGAGGAAGGUGACCCAGAUACUGAAACUCUUGGUGAGUCUCUUUUGGGUCUUACAGUCUAUGGAAGUAAUGAUCAAGAUCCUUAUGUUACUCUGAAGGAUACGGAACAAUAUGAACGUGAAGAUUUCUUGAUCAAGCCCAGUGACAAUCUCAUAGUCUGUGGCAGAGCUGAACAAGACCAGUGCAAUUUAGAGGUGCAUGUUUAUAAUCAGGAAGAAGAUUCUUUUUAUGUGCAUCAUGAUAUACUGCUGUCUGCAUACCCUCUAAGCGUGGAAUGGCUGAAUUUUGAUCCUAGCCCAGAUGAUUCUACAGGAAAUUACAUUGCUGUGGGAAAUAUGACUCCUGUUAUUGAAGUGUGGGACCUUGAUAUAGUGGACUCUUUAGAGCCAGUCUUCACACUUGGAAGUAAACUGUCAAAAAAGAAGAAAAAGAAAGGAAAGAAGAGUUCCUCAGCAGAGGGGCAUACCGAUGCUGUCCUGGACCUUUCUUGGAAUAAGCUGAUCAGAAACGUGUUGGCAAGUGCAUCAGCUGACAACACUGUAAUUCUGUGGGAUAUGUCCUUGGGGAAACCAGCAGCUAGCCUUGCCGUACACACAGACAAGGUCCAGACUCUGCAGUUUCAUCCAUUUGAAGCACAGACUCUGAUUUCUGGAUCCUAUGAUAAGUCAGUGGCUUUGUAUGACUGCCGAAGUCCAGAUGAAAGCCAUCGGAUGUGGCGUUUCAGUGGGCAGAUUGAGAGAGUGACUUGGAAUCACUUUUCACCUUGUCAUUUUUUGGCCAGCACAGAUGACGGCUUUGUGUAUAAUUUGGAUGCACGUUCAGAUAAGCCAGUUUUUACACUCAAUGCACACAAUGAUGAAAUCUCCGGUCUUGAUCUAAGUAGUCAAAUCAAGGGCUGUCUUGUGACAGCAUCAGCAGACAAAUAUGUGAAAAUCUGGGACAUAUUAGGAGACAGGCCAAGUCUGGUUCACUCUAGAGACAUGAAAAUGGGAGUUCUCUUCUGUUCUUCCUGUUGCCCCGAUUUGCCAUUUAUUUAUGCUUUUGGAGGUCAGAAGGAAGGACUUCGGGUCUGGGAUAUAAGCACAGUCUCAUCAGUAAAUGAAGCAUUUGGAAGACGAGAGAGGCUUGUUCUCGGCAAUACAAGAAGUUCAUCUAUUAGUGGCCCUUUUGGGAGCAGGAGUUCAGACACACCAAUGGAGUCUUAAUGAGGAUCGUAAACUUUUUACUACUUUAACUCCGUUUUUUAAAAAGCUAGCCUAAAAACAUCCAUGUAUGGCUACGGCCAUGUAGUGACUGAAACAAAUUUCAUCUCCUACUGCCAGACAUUCUCCUGCAGCUAUGGGGGCAGCACAAACAGGGUUGAUCUUUGUGCUUGCCUUUUAAAUGUGGUGUUUAGGGCUCCCACUGCAUUU